AUGUAUUCCGACAACGGGACAAAUUUCGUCGAAGCACGGAACGAGCUGUGGAGGCUUCAGGAAGCGUUCGAGGAGCAGCAGUCCAGCCUGAGGAUGUUCGCGGCGGAGCAAGGGAUGGAGUGGAGGUUCAUCCCCCCGCGAGCACCGCACUUCGGCGGCUUAUGGGAGGCGGCCGUCAAGUCAGCGAAGCUCCUGAUCGUGCGGCAGAUCGCGGACGCCGCGCUCAUGGAGAGCGAGGUGAGGACCGUGUUGGCCGAGGCAGAGGCCAUCAUGAACUCCAUGCCGCUCACUCCAGCCAGCACGGAUCCAAACGACGGAGAGGUGCUUACGCCAGGCUACUUCUUGAUCGGACAGCCCCUUCGCUCGCUGCUGCAAGGAUGCGAGCCAGACAAACGGAGCAGCGGUACCACCUUUACCAGGAGGUGGCAACUGCUCUCCGAGCUCAAACGGCGGUUCUGGCAGGCUUGGUCGAAAGACUACGUCCACAACCUGGCAAACCCCAGAGGCCAACAUCGAGGUCAGCGCCAUGGUGGUGGUCCACGACGACCAUACGCCACCGCAGCGGUGGAUCACCGGCAGGAUCACCAGUGUCGUUAG